AGAAACGCGCUGUCUUUAUUUAUUUUUCAGAGAAUAGUCGUUUUCUUCAAUAGCUGAAUAACUAUUCUUUAAGAGUUAAAUAAGAAAGACUACAGGAAACUUGUGAAGUUGUUUUAUCCAAUAGGAAACGAUUGUGAGGAAUGUGCGACAGAAUGUACUACAAGAAUGGCCGUUGGAUUGGUUUUCUGUUCAUUCUGAUACUGCAUACACUGUUCUGAAUAUUAUUUCCUUAACAUAUCACGCGAGAGUGGCGGAACGCUAUAGAAUUCCUCAAAACUAAUCUUAAGUAUUAUUGUUAUCGUGGAACUGUGAUUUUUUUGUUCAUAUUCAUAAAGUCGUGAAAUGUCUGAUGAAUAGAAGUUGAAUAUGAAUAACAUUUUUUUUUAUAUAAAAAAAGUAUCUUCGGAUAUUGUUGUGUCCCGCUGGAUUGACCGGACACGGAAUUAAAUAUUGCAUACGGCAAUACAUUAGUUUAUCAUUCUUAACUAUACAUAGCGAUAAAAGGUAUUGAUGAGUUGAAAAGUAAUUAAUAAUAUUAAGGAUUUAUAUAAAUCUUAAAGUCAGAAAAAGGUGAUUUCUCAAAUGCUUACAAAUUCUGGAUUUUUACUAAUAAUCUGAAUUCAAAAUGGAUGACUUGGAUACUUAUUCCUAUAGCGAAUAUGACUUCUACGAAAUGUUUGCAAACGACACUAUUGACUAUAAAAACGUUCCUUUCUUUGGCCAUAUUAAAAAAGUCCCAUUGUACGAGAUCAUUUUCAAAUCUUAUUUGUACGCGAUGAUAAUUUUCUUCUCUUUGGUCGGCAACACUUUGAUCAUCGUUGUAGUGAUGCGACACAAACAAAUGAGGACAACGACAAACUUUUACAUCGUCAAUCUAGCUGUUGCCGACAUUUUAGUGACCGUGUUUUGUACUUGGGUCCAUCUGGUAAACAACCUCAACAACAAUACUUGGGUCCUCGGCGGAUUCUUCUGCAAAUUCAACACAUUUUCUCAAGUUCUAUGUCUGGUAGCAAGCGUCUUGUCUUUGACACUAAUUGCGUACGACAGAUUCUUUGGAAUUGUAUUUGCUUUGAAGGCUCACAUGACAAGCCGGAAAGCUCGCUUCUCUAUUUGCAUCAUAUGGCUAUGCUCCUUCGCUAUUGCUGCCCCGUUGCUAUGGUUCCGGAAAUUGAAUGAACGCCAAUGGCAGAACUACACCGAACGCUGGUGCGAUGAUUCUUGGCCGCGUGAGACAAAGGCGGUUGCAGGAACAAAUACUACGAUGGAAUACAUGCCGUCAAGGACUAUAUACUUCACGUUUGUAUCAGCUGUGUUGUAUUUCUUCCCGAUGAUUGUAAUGACAAUUGCCUACUCCGUGAUCAUUAGAAAACUGAGAUCUAGCACCAUUCCCGGAGAAAGAGUAACCGCCGGCUAUGAAGCGCAGCAAAAAACAAAACGAAAGGUUAUAGCAAUGCUAGUUACAAUAAUGGCAGUGUUUGGCAUAUGCUGGCUCCCAUACCAAAUUGUGCUUCUGUAUAGUGAGCUUCGAGAGACUCGGGAUACACUUGGAGAUUGGUAUUUCACGAUGCAGUUCCUAGCAGGUUGUUUUGCGUACUCAAACAGCGCUCUGAAUCCAUUGAUAUAUGCCGGAUUUAACAAAAACUUCAAACAAGGUAUACGUGGUGUGUGGCAGGCAGUUCGUUGCCAUAGAAACCCAGCUGUAAUGGACCCAAAAACGUACGGAACGUACAAUUCUUCCACGUAUGCAACCGCUUUGUAGUGUGAACAUUAUAAGUAACAGUGUGAAAUAUUGAAUUCCAUUUUCUAAUCCAAAGGGACCAUCUGUUGAAUAUGUUAACUGCUGAUUUAGUUUUAACGCUUUUGACUAUAUAUUUUCAAUACACGUAUUGGUAGACCUUGCUACACAUAUAGUUUUUAUCUUCGUACAUUUUAUAUAGAGUCGCAAUAACUUUACCCUGUUGUUUAUAGUCUUUACAAUUUGGUUGUUAUUUCUUUACAACAUUCAGCCCAUUCCAAAGCUUUGCUUUGUAAAUAACGCGUAAUUAAAUAAUGUCACGUCGUUUAUUUAAUAUCUCUUUUGUUAAAAAAGUAAAAUGUAUAUCUUCAAAUCGUUUUAUUUUUGGCAAAAAGCAAACAUUCUGUUUUUAAAUCUAAUGAAAGAAAGUAGGUUGACAGAAAAGCAAAGUUAAUAGCUUAGAAGUUGAUAGCUUAGAAACUAUCAAUAACAAUGAUAUAUAUUUAACUAUAAUCUUACUACCCUAUUGAUAAUUACAUAUGUCAGUUUAAACAAUCAUUCUUCUUCUUUUUCGUUCAAAUGCUUACGUUAAUUCCUUCAAAACUAAAGCUGUCGACAAAACUCAAGCGAAAAAUACGCUUUUCAAUAGCUGUGUAUCACAUGUUUAAUUUGAUUGUAUUUUCCAUACUUGUAUCUGUAGGUUUACCCUGGUUUGGCAACGAGGAUUCUAAAAUAUUGUUAGCAGUGAAAAUGUACAGAAUGUUGAGCUCAAAGCCAGUUGAAAACCGUGCAAAUGGCCUAAACGCUUUGGUUUUUAGAAGACUGAUAAUUUUCAUUCCUUUUUUAUGUAAGCAUUUAUUUCAGCAGUAAUUCUAUUAACCUGAUUAAAGACGAAUUAUUUUAUAGUGUACAUAAUGAAUGUGAAUAAUGAUAGCUUUGAUGAUAUGGUUUCAAAAAAAGUAAAAUGUGUUACAGGUGUUAAGGUAUUUAGCAAACAUACCGAUUUGUGUGGGGUAGUAUCCUAUUAGUUUUUGUUGAAGUUUAUAUCUGUUUAUAAAUGUAUGGAUUCUAACAAUGGUAAUUAUGGUAAAAUAUUCAAUUAUCUUUUACUGGAAAAUACCAAUUGGUGUAAGUACUUUGCAAUAACAUUGACCAAUACAUAAAUGAGAAUGAAUACUAUUUUUGGAUAACUGUAGAUAUGACUUCUUAAAUGUGUACAACAGUAUGAGUUUUGGGCAAAUAUGUGAAACAAUACAUGAAUGAGAACAAAAUACUUUUAUUUAGCGAUUGUGCGCACAGUGUUUAAAUGGUUAUAUAAGGUUGUGAUAGUGUGAAUAUAAGCAACAAUAUAUAGGUGCAUUUAUCAGGCAAUGACGUGGCGAAUUGUUUGCAUUUGCGUAAACCAUUUCUAAAGUAUUAAGACGUAUACAUGAUACAAGAAAUACUUAAAGCAUAACCGAAUGUUGAAGCUUUAAGGGUCAGGCAACACGUCAACCUUUAAAUGUUGCAGAACUGAGUUUGAGCCUGUUAAUGGACGGUAGUGUUAAAUGAAAGCUUUAACGUCCAUACUACCAUCCACCGGCUUAAGUAUACACGCAACACUAUAACACGGAAAUGAUUUUUGCUUUAAUAGCAUCUGCAGAUCUUAAAAUAAACUACGAUUAGCAAAAUUGGGCAAUAAGUUAUAAGUUUAAAUGGGCACAAGACUGUUAGGUCAAGUAAACAAUACAUUAACUGAGACUAUGAUUAUGUGUGUGUAUAUAUGGGAAUAUAUAUGAUUGGAUGUUAUACCUGUAUAAUUGAGUACAGUAAUGUUUAACAUAAAAUAUAAAUAUGUAUUAUGAAGUAAAUAUCUAGGGCAAAAUAUACAUUGGUCUACAAAUAAGUGAAUAGUACUUAACAUAUAGUAUAUACUGAUUAGGUCAUUACAUAAAAUGUACGUUCAUAUGUGUAUAAAACUAAUCAAUCGUGAUUGUAAACAUUUAUAUGACACAGUAAGCAACUGAGUGUAUUUCUGAACAAAUGUGUCGGUAGGGACCUGCGUUCCGUGAACCUUUGCUCUCCUUUGUUAAUGAUUGAUCAUAGGUGAUACGAGCUACAUGUAUUAUAUGAUUACCAAGUGCUAGAUGAAAUUAUGUGAUUAUUACUGGGCACGAUUAAAAGACAAGUGUGAAUGUUAAAAAAGUACUCUGUGAUAAAUUUACAAACAAUAGAUUUGGAUAGCAAAAAUACAAAAACAUCAAUAUUUGAAAAAUAAGCUAUCAUUGUGCAAAUCUUUCAUGAUUAAGACGUAAAUUUUAACUUGUGUUAUAUGUGAAUAAUUAAAAGCAUGUUUUGUCAUGCUAUUUAUGGUGAAACUCGGCAUUAUUUGGUGUUUGUAAUUCAUUUUAUUGAAAUAAACGACGAC